AUGUCUACCCUCAGCCUGCCACUGCGCCGCCUCAUCUCGGGCCCAAAGGCUCGCUUCGUGCAAGAUGGCGUUGACCUCGACCUCGUCUACGUGACGGAUCGACUCAUCAUCAUGGCCUUCCCAGCCUCAGGCGUGGCAACGCUCUGGCGCAAUGAUCGACGAGCUGUCCGCAACUUCCUCGACGAGAGGCAUGGCGACAAGUGGCGCGUCUACAACUUUUGCCCAAAGUCGGAGAAUGACUAUGAUGGGGAGGAAUUCUACGGAAGAGUCUCUCGCUACCCAUUCCCGGAUCACCACCCUCCCCCGCUCUCCCUAAUCCCAAUGGUGGUCGCAGACAUGACUGCCUGGUUCGCUGACGACCCACAGAACGUCGUCGUCAUUCAUUGCAAAGCCGGCAAGGGACGCUCGGGCACACUAGCCUGCUGCUACCUCGUUUCGCUACCCAAGCUCCCUCCCCCACCUCAAGACCCUCGCAACCUCGGCCGCGCAGCUGGCAAGAAGGGGGCACCUCGCUCCAUCUCCUCCACGGAGGCUUCAUCCCUCGUAGCAACGCCUGUGACGUCGGACGAGGGUAGAACAUCAAAAGAGCUCGAUAACGGGAACAGCCUGCCCCGUAAACCCUCUGCCCUCAUGCUCAAGGCAAAACGGUCCAUCUCUGCGCUGCGAUCUCGAAAGAGCUCGGCCCAUCUGCAACCGCAAGAGCCGCAGCAGCAUCUACAGCCGCCCUCGUCGCCUCGUGCGAGCCGCAAGAGCAGCUUUGCCUUCCUGCGCCGCGCGAGCGAGAGUCAAUCGCACAAUGACAGCGCCGUUUCCUCACGACGCCCCUCCUUCACCGCUACGCACAUCAAUCUCGAUGACUCGCUAGCAUCCUCGGCCGAGCUGAGCGCCUUGGAGGACAAGCUGGAGGCAGUCUUUGACUUGCAUACAUCGCGAAGGAUGAAGGCCAAGAAAGGACAUGCCUCUGCGGACAGCGCCGUAUCGAGGAAAUCAAUGGACAUGUCGCCACGCAAAGCGAGCGCAUCUACGCCUGCCCUACUCGAGCCUCCGUCGCCCAACCGCGCAAUGCCGCCACCGUCCCUGCCGCCAGCCAUCCCACGUCGACCAUCAUCAUCAGCUGUGAUGAGAGCCUAUCAGGACGCGCCACGCAUAGAGGGCCUGACCUCAACCUCAGGCGACGACACUCCGGGCAGAACCUCGACCUCGGGUCGACUGUCCUUCGCUGAGCCAACGACUCCUCGCUCACGCCAUACGCUCCUCAACUCGCAAGAUUCGGCUUCCACUCCACCUCGCAAUAGCAUCGCAGCCGGCAGCCGCCUCCGCGUGAGCAGCGCGACGGACAUCGCUGGGAUGAACAACAUCACGCCUAGAUCUCGUCGAGCGGCCCUUGGCGCCAGCCCAACUGGACGAAGCUGCGAGGCUCUGGUCGCAAGCGGGAGGGCGACGCCUACCAUCCCAAGCCUGAACGUCUCCCCUUCCGGCUCGACGCGUAUCAAGCCAGGCACAGACACCGGCAGAGGCAGCGUCGAAGGCUCGCGUCGCCCCUCCCACGACACGACUUCCUCUCAGUCAUGGGGCAGGAAAAGCCUCGACCUCUGGCGCAAGUCACAGCGCUCCGCAAGUGGUGUGAGCGCCAAUAGCGGGGUCAGCGCGGCCAGCUCGGCAGUGGCGUCUAGCAACUCUAUCGAUCGUUUCGACAGCGGCAGCGCCUCGCCAGCCUUGGAUGGCCCCAUGGCCAAAAACCGCAAGCACGGAGUCAGUAUCGCAUCACAGCGUCGAUGGGUUGGGUACUGGGGAAGGAUACUCAACAAGGAAGACUCGCGCGCUUGCAUGGACCCUGCGAGGGCUGGACAGGAGCCGCGCAUGGUUAGGCUGCUGAGGAUCAGCGUGCUGCAAGACUCCUCCAGCGCGGAGCAGGAUGAUACCGCGGCGAAAAGCCGAUCACGCGCGAAGAGCUUCACGAAGACGGAUGGCUACCAUAUCACUGUGGGCCGGUAUGACCCCAAGCUCCUGGACAAAUUAGAGGCAUGGGAGCGCGGUGCUCGACGACGAGACAAGGUGUUCGGCGCGUGUGGUGACCCAAGCCAACGCGCUCCCGAUGUCUUUUCGAGCCAGGUGUGCUCUCCAGGCUCAGCUCAUGCAACACCUGGCGCAGGCGCUGCUGUUGCAAGGGACGACGAGCGGACUGGCUUUCCCUUUGCGGAGGGAGCAACGGCUGCUUUGACUAUGACUAGUGCAAACCUGCAUCGUCCAGCAUCUUGCGUACCAGGGGAGGAUCGCUGGCUAGACAAGUUUGGGCACGAGCAGCGUGGCGAUUCCGCGGCAAACCUCUCUGAUGAAGACGGGGAUGAGUCACCAGCAAAAUCUCCUCGAGGCGAAACAGCCUAUCAUCUCUUCACUCGACGAACUCUAGGCUCACGACGCCCCUCUACCGCUGACUGGGGUCGCUGCUCUGAGCUCAACACGCAUGAGGGCGCGGCAAAGAGGCUGGCACAGCAUGGGAACGCGGAGGGAGUUGGAGCGUGGGGUGUGAAUGUGCUUGCAGAGGCGGAACGCGUCAGACACUUCAAUUGGCCAGACGACGAGGUGCUGGCAAAAGGAGAGAGAAGGUUCGCAUUCUUGGAGUGGUUUGCUAGGUUGGAGGCGGCGGAGAGAGGAGCCGAGCAGAGCAAGAUUGGUAGCAAGGGGACAUGGCACCACUUUCAGCCUGCUAGCAGCAGCGACGAGGAAGGUCCUGGACUGAUCAUUCGCUCAGACCGUGAGCUCUGCAUCAAGGUUCACCUAGCCAACCGUGCUCUGCGUCUUCUACCGGAUAUCGCCGGUAGUGCGGGAUGGGCGUGGAUCAUCCCUGCCUUCGAAGAGCCGGCGCCAGCGACGAAACAUCCAGCUCAGCCCAGCGACGGCGCAGGCGAGGAGGAAGAAGUCCUCGAGGACUCAAGCUUCGCGACUGCCCCGGACGAGGAUGAUGCCAGUGGUGGUGCUGACGACUCGCACGCCAGCUGGAAGCGCGGCAACCUCAAUGGCAAGCCUCCCCUCCCGUCUUCUAAUGGUGUCAAGCCUACCAACAAGCCUAGCACGGCCACAUUCACAAGCUCGUCGCAGAGUUACACCACGCCUUCUAAAGGAACUGAAAGCAACAGCUCGCCAUCACGCUCGGCGUCUGCUUCUUGCUCAUCAUCAUCGGCCCCGCAGGAAGCGAAGCGACGCACAACCGUCGUCCGCCUGGAGCGAGACGACAUCGAUUUCGUGAAGAGGAUGACAGGCCUGAAGGCAAUUGAGCUUGAGUGGGAGGAGGUGAGGGGGGUAGACGACGAUGAGAGUGAGGAGGAGGGCAAAUAG